GAUAUCUGGUGGAAACAAUACUCACUUCUAUCAGCAAAAUAGGCCAAGGAAAAGAUUAAUGUCAAGACUAGAGCAGGCCCGUGGACCAAGCUAUAGAUGCAUGGGCUUCGGACAGACUUAAUUAUUAUUAAAUUUUGGUUAUAAACUUCAAUAGUAUUGCUUUAAUCUUUUUUUUUUUGAACGCUGAAUAAUUAUGAUAUUACAACUAUGAAAAAUAUUAUAGACGAUUUUAUAGCCAACAAUUCUACCUGUCGUAUGAGGAUUCACGCCUGACUGCAUCACCUGAGCCGCCAUAUGGGAUCCAUACUUAACGGUACUCCUUGCGUCAUGCUGCAGAUCUCUUGUAAGCAUUUUCUCUUUUAAUUUGCAUAAUUCCGUCUUCUUCAGGAAUUGAAACCCAAACUUUUUGGUGUAGAAACAUUAAUGAACCGUUGGUUAAACCACUGCACCAAGAGGACUUCCACCUAUUGCCUUAAUCUAGUGGUAUAUUUUCAAGAAAAUGGUCUUGGCAAGGACAACCUUUGUUCAAAACUCUUCUAGUGCAUUUUCUUUUUAUUUAAGGAAUUUGUGGCUUUUUUUUUGUUUUCGCUUCUGACCUUGUAAAACAUAGUACCGGCACCAGGUAAGUCUCAAAUUCCUCCUCUUAGUUAACAAGAAAAAACAAUGGUUAUCAUUUAUUGGUUGAUACACAAUGAUCAAGGCACAUUUACAUCUUCUUCAAGUUACAAAUGCUUAAGAUAUUUGUUUUGGUUACCACGGGUCCUAGUUUCGUAAUAUCGUUAGGAGGAGACCAGUGUAUGUUCAGUUAGUUUUAUUAUUGUUAUCGGUAUAUGAACUUGUAAAUUCGAAGACUCUUUUUGGGUGAACAAGUUAAUUAGCAUACCAAAUGAGAUCCAAUGCGGAUUAAUUAAGUGAACUGAAGUAGAACAAACAGAACAACAUAGAAUCAAUUAAAUUGUGUCGUCGAAUGGUUUGGACCGUGAAAUAAGACCAAUUAUGUUUAGAAUAUCUAAAGUAACCAUUUUAACUUGGUAUCUUAACUUAUUGUUUCUACAAGAUAUCAAUAUUACCGAAAACAAAGUAAAAACCUUGAUCUACUGAAGACAGAUCAGAUCAGCAUAAUGUUUUAGCAAAGUAUUCUGAUGUGCGUGCCUACUUAACUAAGGCAGACAGUUCACGGAUAAAAAAACAAUUAUAGAGGAGAAGUGUGAUAGAAACAGUAGGCCCGUGACCUCGUUACAAUCAUUCUCCUUUUGUAUUUUUCUUCUAUGUUUCGCAUCGUUACUCACUGUAUACACAUGCAUAUAUAUCCCCAUAUAUUACACUUAUCUAUUAAGGGCAUAUAUGGCUGCUAGCAUAUGAUAUGAGCAAAUAUACAAUGUACUAUAUGUCAUUCUUUUUUUUUUGAUCAACGUACUAUAUGUCAAUCAAGUUUUUUUUCUCCACAUGUUUCAACUUUUAACUCGUUUUUGGCUUUAUUGCUCUCUUUUUUCUCUUUGUCAAUUUUUUUAGAAUUUUCAUAGUUAUUAGUCUCUCGAUUCUUCGGAUAUAUGGCUCAUUUUUUCUUUCUGUGAAACUAAAUGUUUUCAUUCCUCUUCUUCCGUAUAAAUAUAGUUACUGUUAGUCUGUUACGUUUGAUAAUACAUAAUUACAAAAAAGUUAAACCCGGAUAAAGACAGAGACCUAAUCUCCGGGUGGAAGGCGCAGCCCACAGGUAAAUCUUUUCCCGGAUAUUUAAAUUGGCUGUAAAUAAUAGGUCCAUAUCCGUGUGGCCACAUGUAAAACUAAUAAUUUGAUACUAGAAGAGAAUCGAUUUCUUGCCUAGACCAACAUAACAACUCUUCCUCCAGUGGAAACCACCAGACCACCGCAAUGUAGUUGAUACAUAAUUACAUUUAUAUUUCCGAUUCACUUAAAAGCAAUACAUAAAAAUUAGCAUGACUUUUUGCUAUAAGGAAAAUAGGGUCCCGUGAAACUCAGUUUUCAUAUACAUCUAAGAAGUAAGAACACAAAAGACUACAAAAAUCCAAAACUGUACAUCAAAUUAAUAAAAAGCAAACAAUUUAAGUGAAAAUGAAAAAAAAAAACUCAAAAUGUGAAGUUUCUGUGGGUUACAACUUACAACAUAAAACUCCAAAAACAUCACUCAAAACCAAAUUAAAAAAAACGUAUAUUAUAAAAGUCUCCUUCAGUAGUACACUCGAUCAACCUCUAAGUCUUACAAGUAUAAACCAUAAAUGAAAACUCCUCCGCCGCAGUCGUCGGAGACGAAGGCCUACACACUAACCACCUCUUCAGUCUCCUACACCCAACCAAAGACCUCUCUCUCUCUCCUUCGCUUAGCCGCCACUGAGCCACCUUCCUUUAUCCUCCGCAACAUCACCCUCACCGCUCAUCCCUCCGAGAUCCUCGCCGUCGUUGGCCCCUCCGGCGCCGGAAAAUCAACUCUCCUAGACAUUCUCGCCUCUAAAACCUCCCCAACCUCCGGCUCAAUCCUCUUAAACUCGGUUCCCAUAAACCCUUCCUCUUACCGCAAAAUCUCCUCUUACGUUCCUCAGCACGACUCUUUUUUCCCUCUCCUCACCGUCUCCGAAACCUUCUCCUUCGCCGCACGUCUCUUGCUCCCAAACCCAUCAGAUGUCCCUCAAACCGUAAGCUCUCUUCUCUCAGAACUUAACCUAACGCACCUCUCUAACACAAGACUCGCUCAGGGCUUGUCCGGUGGAGAAAGAAGAAGGGUGUCUAUAGGUUUAACCCUACUUCACGACCCUUGCUUUCUACUCCUCGACGAACCCACUUCCGGUUUAGACAGUAAAUCUGCUUUUGAUGUUGUCAACAUUCUCAAAUCCAUAGCUGUAUCAAGACAACGGACCGUGAUCUUGUCCAUUCACCAACCUAGCUUCAAGAUUCUCUCUAUCAUUGAUCGACUCUUACUUCUUUCACAAGGAACUGUUGCGUACCAUGGAAGGCUUGACUCUCUGGAAGGUUUCUUGCUCUCCAAGGGAUUUACCGUCCCUCCUCAGCUCAACUCUCUCGAAUACGCCAUGGAAGUACUUCAAGAACUCCGUGAAUCCGAUGGAAACACCGAUGUUAUCACUCUCCCUUCGACCGAGAACCGAAUAGAGAGACAAAAACAAAGUAUAGUUCGAUAUAGAAAAUCAAGAAUCACAGAGAUAUGCCUUCUUUCGUUAAGAUUCUGGAAGAUCAUAUACCGGACAAGACAGCUGCUUCUGACCAAUGCAUUAGAAGCACUUGUGGUUGGUCUUGUCUUAGGAACUAUUUACAUCAACAUCGGAAUAGGCAAAGAAGGUAUCGAGAAGAGGUUCGGUCUCUUCGCCUUCACACUCACGUUUCUCCUCUCUUCAACAACCGAAACCCUCCCUAUCUUCAUCAACGAGCGUCCUAUUCUUCUCAGAGAGACUUCAAGUGGUGUUUAUAGACUCUCCUCGCACAUUCUUGCCAACACACUCGUUUUCUUGCCUUAUUUGUUUGUUAUCUCAAUCAUUUACUCUGCUUCUGUCUAUUUCCUCGUCGGUCUCUGCCCUACAUGGCAAGCUUUUGGGUACUUUGUCCUGGUGAUAUGGGUCAUUGUCCUAAUGGCUAACUCUUUUGUUCUCUUCUUGAGCUCUCUUGCUCCAAAUUACAUUGCGGGAACCUCUCUUGUGACGGUUCUUUUAGCGGCCUUCUUCUUGUUCUCCGGUUACUUCAUUUCCAAGGAGAGUCUGCCCAAGUAUUGGCUUUUCAUGUACUUCAUCUCGAUGUAUAAGUAUGCGUUGGAUGCGCUUCUUAUAAACGAGUACUCGUGUUUGGCUUCCAAGUGUUUGGUCUGGUAUGAGGAAGCUCAAGGGAAGGUAUGCUUGGUUAAUGGUGGUGACGUGUUGGAGAAGAAAGGGCUUCAUGAGAAACAUAGAUGGUUUAAUGUUUAUGUUCUGUUAGGGUUCUUCGUACUUUAUCGUGUGUUGUGUUUUCUUGCCCUCCUUAGAAGGGUUUCAGGUUCCAAGAGGUAACUAUUUUUCUUUUGCUUAGUGACUUUUUUUUUGUUGUUGUAAAUUUAUUAUCCAUACUGAUCAACCUUUUGAAAAAAAUCUUCGUAUCGAUCAAUAAUAAUCUUGGAACUGUUAUAUAGUCUCUUUCUUAGAAAUACGAAUUCGAGAUUAAUCAUUCGAUAUAUUCCUCUCUUUCAUUUCAAUGCUAAUAGGUGUUUGCUAUGUGGAGACAUGUCACAUACGUGACAUGAGAGGUCAUAUUCAACGUUUUUAGACCUGUCGAUUUCUUUCUCUUCUUUUUAUUUGUUCAGAAUAGUUUUUAAGAAAUAUCUUGGGAUAAAAUUUCACUAAUAGUUAUGUGUAUACAUAAUAUUUUGGAUAUUUAUAUCAAAAGAACACGGAAUAAGUACCAUACAUUGACUCAUCAACAUUUGUUCAAAUUACUAUAAUUCGUCUUAAGUAGUGUUUUUAUUGAAAAGGGCUAUUAUUUUCUGAAGGUAAUAUAUAUUCUUCACCACCUUGUGGCUUGUUUUGUAUUUGGAGACUACAUAUCACGAGCAUCGUCUUCUAUAAAGCUAAAUGACAAGUGGAGCUUACGGCCUUGUGCUAGGGUUGAGUGGGUAUAGGUGAUAAAUCGUGGCUACUGGCAUGGAAGAGUCGCUUCGGUUAACUCAUUAGCUUGGAGACAAACUUUGGUCUUCACGGGUCUCCAUCUCUAUUUUCUCUUUACUAUUCAGUUUAUUUUCCUAAUUUUACGAAUAAAAUGUAAAAUCUUUGACUAAAACACAGAUAUAUAUAUAUAGCCUCGCGAGUUGUAUUAGUAAA